AUGUCUAGUUCAAGUCAAGCUGUGGAAUCGCAGCUUCAGCGAGCACUCAGGCCCAAUGUCACCGUUCACAAUUACACCCCGCAGCGGUCUACGUCCCCGCCGCCUACAGGACGUUUGGAGGGAGAAGGAAGGACGGUUCCGAGACCCUCGCCUACCUCUUUGGUUGCGGAGGCGCGGGCUUUGGUUGAAUCCUGCAUCGCGAAUUGCGGAGUUGGCGUCUGGAAGGAUGUUGAAUGGGAGAAAAAGGGGCCAGGAUCGUCAGGAAAUGUAUUUGAAUUUCGAUAUCGACCUCCUACGAUCCCUGGGGUCACUACUUCUCGUCCGCUCGAGCUCCGGGAAUGGGGUGCCCCUGUCACAAACGACGAGCUGUGGUCUCUCAACGAGUUGGAAGAGUUUGUGCAUGUCAAAGUGGCCAAGUACAAAGGCGAGGAAAUCGCCCGUGCGAGUGCUGGCUCGACUGCCGGCCCCUCAAAAAAACGAACGCGAGACGCGGAGGAAUCGUCCAGUAAGGGGGAAGCCCCGUCGCCCAAACGGAGGAAGACGUUUUACGGUCUCCUACACGAUGUUAUUCCACAUCCCCAUAUCCGUCCGACGCCCAUCCUGAGUCCCUCUCAAUCGGAGUCAACGAAGAUUCGUGAAUACAAACGCCUCCCGCCGAUUUGUCUUCCACCCCAUAGCGACCCCCUACCUCCACCGAAUGUAUACGACCGUGCAGCAUGGAUUAUCCCUCUACGCGGAACGCUGCCAUGGCGCGACGCGACCUCGGCCUAUCUUCUCGACGAUUCCAUUCAUGAUCCUCUGGACCCCGACAUCCACGCAGUCCGCCCUAUACCGGCACCUCUCAAAAGUCAGGAACCGAUAUACUGGACAAGACCGGCAAUCGCAGCGUUCUGGGAAUUUUUGUCGAGUUUGCAGGAAGGUGGGCGUGUUGGUGCGCUUGGACUCAGCUUCCAUGCUGCCCGCUCUGCCAAUAUCUCGACCCAAACCGACGCGGAGUUGAACAGAGAAAUCAGCGCGUCGGUCCAUCAAGAAAACACAACGAAAGACGGGGAUAGUCACACCUCUGCUGACUCUGCGUCGACAUCCGCCCGAACUUCGUGCUCCUCUCCGCUAUCUUCUCUUGAUUAUAUCAAGGUGUACCAUCCUGCCAACAAAAGCAUGUAUGUGCGCGCGGCGCUGGACAUAUGGAAGUACGAACACGAAACCUGGAAGGGAGGCGAUACUGGUUUCAUAGCGUCGGGAGUUGCCCAAAAUGUUCCAACGCCGGGGCUCGUGGGUGGACUCCAGCUUGCCGUUGCCGUUAUUUUCGUCACCUCUGGCGUCACCGAGGUCGUUCUCGCCACUGGUGACGCUUCGCUUCGACGGAUUGAUCGCAAUCCUUCUCCCGCUGCUUUCCGACGUAACUGUGGAGUAGCAGCGAUCCCCAGCUGGUUACGAGCUCUUGUUCGCCCUCGACAACAAGCGGCGAAGGAGGACGUUGUUAACAUUUGGCUCCAACUCUCCACUUUGUUUGUCCUCCCAAUAAAUGAUGAUGCAAUGGUUGGGAAUUGGUAUAAAUGA